AUGGCAAUAUUCGUGCUCUUCCUUUUGCCUUGCUCAGCACAAACCGGUGAGCACAUCGACUGGCCUCGAUGGUGCGGAAAGGCGUACUUGCCACCGUACCCCGACUUCAAUCCUGGCGGCCAGGUUGUUGAGCCGCCCAAGCUGCAGCACUUGUCUCUGAACCUCCGGUUCAAGCCGCGAUACAACAUCUUUCUCGCCGACGAAUCCGAAGGUGAAUUCUUCAUCCACGCUGAAGCCUCACGAUAUUACGGCUUUCCAUGGCCAUAUAUGGAGAAGGAUGAUGAUUACUGGCCGUCAGACGUUAAUUUCACAAUCACGAAUACAGCCACCGGCGAAGUUCUUAUUCGGAAUAUGCUCAACUCGAGCCGUACCGUGCUUAAAGCCGCGUCCGACCGUCCUGUGUAUCGGUACAAAUUCGAUCUUGGGAAAUUCAAGCCAAGUUUUGCCCCCUAUGAGGUGACGCUUCAUGCUACACCAAGUUUCCAAAACAAGCACGGCUCGCCCAGCUGGCUCAUUGAGCACAACUUCAGCGUCAAGAGCGAGAUAUACGUCCUGCCAAGCAAGGCAAAGGGCAGCAUCACCAGGAUUGAUAAUCUUAGUGGUGGCUUGCUCUUCCGCAACAGCACGCCGGGGAGUAAAUUCGAGCCUUUCUUUCCAUAUGGAUUCUACGCCCGCUGUGAGGGGUUUCUAUGUGAUAAAGAGAACUACGCUGCAAACAUCAAGGCAUACCAUAGUCUGAAAUUAAAGUCAAUGGUGCCAAUGAUGCCCGCAUCAGAGACAUCGGGGCAUCUCUAUGGCACUCUGGACUCGCUCAAUAUGACAUAUAUGUACGAUUUACGACAAUCGUACAAGAAUCAUAGCGCGGUAAGGGAACAAGUCGAAGCCAUCAAGGACUCAGAUGGGCUCUACGCAUACUGGACCUUUGAUCAGCCCGAUGGUCACUCAGCAACCCACGUCCCCAUGUGGACAGCAAGCAGCCUUAUCAAGAAAAUCGACCCGUACCAUCCAAUCGCCGUCAGUCUUAGCUGCGACAACUACUAUUUCGAAGAAUACACCAAAGCGGCCGACAUCAUCGUGGCAGAUGUCCAUCCCAUCGGGGCCAGCAUGUCCGCCUCCAAAUGGCACACGAAUUGUAACACAACCUACGGCAACUGUGGCUGCGACAACUGCAUAGGCAACGUGACAGACAUACCGACUCGUCUUGGCCAUAUAGCGCAGUUCGAGAGGUGGCUCAAUCACUGGCCCAAACCAAAGAUGCAAAGCGUGCAAGCCCGCCCCGGCGGCGAGAACCACUUGCCCGCCAGCCCCAGCGCCGACGAGGUCAUCGCCAUGAGCGCUCUCGCCAUCAACCACGGCGCAAAGGGAAUCUUGCCCUGGGCAUGGCCCGUGGACGAUGAAAUCACCGCCCUCCACAGUAAAUUCGCAGCAGUCAUGAACAAGGGCAUCGUGAAGGAGAUCCUGUCCAAGACGACGCCCAAGAGGUUCCAGUUGAAAAAGCAUAAACUGUUAGAUGUCUCAUACUGGCUAUUCAACAGGACUUUGAUGCUGAGCGUCGUCAAUCUGAGCAAGGAUUCUUACGUUGGGCCCCUCAAGUUCGACGUCCCACACAUUGAGCCCAUCAGCAUCCAACAUGUGUUGUGGGGCAAUGCGUCGUGGGAUCAUCGAGAAGUUGAGCUGGGGUACGGGAUGAAACUGCGGGCUUUCACGUUGGAUCCUAUGUCGACAAAUAUACUUGUCAGCAUGGUGUGUUGCGAGAACUAUCCUUCGCUUUCGGAGGAUUUUGACUGA